AAGGAGAACAAGACCAAGGCCGAUGAUGAAGCGGAGGUUGCAGUGGGAAAGAGAAGCAAACUGCGAAUCACGGGGCGGACGGCGGGGACUGGCCUGGGUGCCUGAGUCCACCGGUCGAAGGCCAAAAUAGACCCGAUCUUCCUUUCCCCAUCGGGACUUUGCUACCGCAUCUACCGUCAUUAUUCUUACUCCACUCCAGAUCGUUCUUUUGGCUAUGCGCAUAUCGUUGUACUCCAUGGUGCUGCUGAACCGAACCAUAGUCUGGCGCUUGUCCAGUCCAUCUCAAACUCCAACUGGUAGAUAUCUAGCCCGUGUCUAUCUACGGAUCCACCCCCACUGUCGAGGAUGCGCUUCUCGCAUUUGCUCUACAGCUGCCUAUGCUGGAGGGAAGGACCCAGUUCAAUUCAACAACCACAGAGAUUUGGUGUAUAAAUUGUGGAGUGGAUCGGGAGCACACACACACACCAAGGUCAAGGACGGAUGGCGGCCUAAAGUCGAGAAUCCACAGGGCGGGGAGCUUCAGGUUCCCGGCCUGAAAUGUCACUGCUCCUCGAUGAGUUGGGCACACACAGCUGCAUGUUUUGUCGCCCAAACUCAGGGCGUCCGUGUCAGCCAAUACUCCUUUCCCGACGCUGACUUGAUGAAACUACUUCUUCGUACGAGGUCACUGACGUGCAAACGGCAAUCGAACUAAUGAUAGAUCAUGAAUAGGGAAACUUACCACCCCGAUCUAUUGAGGGGACCCUUGGCUAUUUGCCUAUAUUCUGGAUACCCUAAAUGACCCCAUCUGAGCAAACAAUGUGCCGAGGCAAAUAAGGGGAAACCUUGGACAAGAAGAAUCCAGAAGACGAAGCAACCACGGUCUUCUCUCGUGGAUCAAACCGAUUACUCGAUUAGAUUGAACCAGCACAAGCUGUGAGACAUUGCCGGGUUGCGUAUGGCGUACAUCAUUGCGACCCAACGGAAAGUCGCUGAGGUAACCUCCCGAGUAAAGAGUGUGGAUGAUUCGUGGCGUCUGAUAUUGCUUUGAAGCUCACCCGAUAUUAUCUCGGCAGAC